AGUGCCAUACCGCGCUCAACGUCUUGCACAUUUCUUAACCUUACGCACUUCGGUGAGAAGUCUGUUAUAAGCAUCACCACCCGCUGCCUUCUUGAUUAACUCACCGCUUUUGCAAAGUCUUUUCCCCUCUUUUUCUCUUUCUCUCAGGGCGAGAUACAUUGAACUGCACCUGAGCGGACGAGAAGGAAGGAAAGAAGACAGCAGCAGUGAAAGCACAACGCCAAGCUCGUACACAUCCUUUCAUUGCAUUUCUCCGUCUCUCUUCGUUGCGCCUGUAUUUUAAAAAGUAAAACGAAAAGGGUUGCACGAACAAUGCCGCUCGUGAUCAAUGAGCUGUUCCGCUUCCGGAUGCUGAUGGCAGGUGUGUUCGCUGGCCUCGCCAUGAGCUCCACAUACGGCUUCAGCAUCUUUACUAAUCACAUGAAGUCGCAAUACGGCUUCAACCAAGCGGAUAUUACCACCAUCAGCACCGUGGGUAACUGCUGUGGGUACCUCGUGUUCUUCGCCGGUAUCCUGUUCGAUUACACCGGUCCGAAGGUUCUCUUUGUCGUUUCGGGAUUUUUGGGCUUCCUUGGCUACGUACUCUUUGGUUUGGCUUUUGAUGGCAAGAUCACGAGCAGCAGCAAGGAGGUGGCGCUGAUCCAGUUCUGCAUCUUCAACGCUAUUCUCUACUUCGGCUGCCCUUCCAUGGACGUGGCGACGCUUAUGCCGCUCAUGGCGAACUUCCCCUUGGAGCGCGGCUACAUGAUCAUCAUCGAGAAAACCUUCUCCGGCCUUGGCACCUCCGUAUUGAUGGCGUACUUCAACGGGUGGUUUGCGAACACGACGGACCCGCUCAAGAGUCACUUCUCCGGCUACGCGUACUUUGUUGGUGCGCAGAUUCUCUUGUGCGCGCUGCUCGGCUGCUACUUCAUCGAUUUGCCUCCGUACAUCCCUUGCCAGUACCGCAAGAACCGCCUCACGGAAGAACAGGCUGCGGAGCGGCAGAGCACGGUGACCGUUUAUAAUUCUCAGCACGCCCCGCUGCGCCGGCUGUACAUCGGCUGCGCCAUCGUCGGUGCGAACCUUGUUUUCCUCACCGUGAACUCCAUCGUCACGGGCUACAUCCCCACCACGAAGAACGGCUACAUCGCCAGCUCGGUGGUAGCGGUGGCGCUGCUCGCCUGCUUUGCGAUUAUGGCGCUGCCCAUCCAAGCGCUGGGUCAUUACCCUGUGAUUAAGCGUCCGCAUCCGCACUUCCCCGGUCUGGGCUACACCGACGAUCACGAGGACGAUUUUGCAGAUAUCGACGCCAUGGCCGCCGUGGAGGCGGCGGCGGCGGCAGAGGAGCUGGAGGAAGACAGCGCCAACGCCCAGUCACGGCAGCCAGAAGAGGGGGAGGAGGAGCAGAGAGCCGAUGCCUCUGGCUCGAACUCCGUGGAGGCGCAGCGCGACAACAACGGCAAAAGUGGAGUCGUUGCCAAUGUCGAGGACUGCGAACCCGCUGAGAAGGCGCCAAAACCGCCGGUGAGCAACGCCGUCGGCGAUCCGCAGUACACGACCACCUUCUGGCACAACCUGCUGACAAUUGAUAUCUGGCUUUUCUGGAUCUGCUUCUUUGGCAUGUGGGGCACCGGUACGGUGAUGCAGAUGAACGCGGCGCAGAUGUACCGCAGUAUCAACGGCGGCGUGUACGACCAGUCCCGACUGACGCUGUACGUCGCGCUUAUCGGUGUGGGCAGCGCUAUUGGUCGGGUGGUGUCCGGUGUUCUGGAUAUGUACAUGACGAUGCGCAAGCGCGACGGCAAGAAGGAGAUCCUCACUACGACCUUCUUCCCGGUCAGCUCCAUCCUGUUAUUUGUCGCCUACCUCUUUUUCGCGGUGAUGCCGGCCAACGGUCUCAUCCUCCCUUUCCUGCUGGGCGCCAUCGGCACCGGCAUGGGCUGGGGCCUCGGCGCCCUCUGCGUCCGCAUCGUCUACGCCAAUGACAUCGGCAAGCACUACAACUUCAUGUUCUCCUCCGGCUUCGUCUGCACCAUCGCCUUGAAUCGCUUCAUGUUCGGCACCAUGUACGACAACGAGGCGAGGCGGCUCAACACGCUGCCCAAUUGCAACCAGCGGUCGUGCGUGCGCAGCCAGAUGUUUAUUCUGAUGGCAGUGAACGUCCUCUCCACAGCGGCUGCCAUUCUCGUGCACCUCCGCUUCAGCCGGUUCGUGGUGCGUGAGCGGGCGAAGCAAGCGCAGGAGAUGACGGCUGCGGAGGCCGCCCCUGUGGAGACGCUGCCGGACCGCAUGCCCAUCGAGGAGAGCUCAGAGUCUCGUCAGUAG